AUGGCUUCAAUUUCAACAAAUUACAACAGUGGAUCUUUGAUGGACGUUGGCAGUUUGGAUUUCUUGAAUAAACCCGAUUUUGAUAUAGACAUGGAUGAUAGUGAAAUUUUGAAAGAACCGUCUAUAGACGCGGUUUCUGGAGCUCCCGAGACGUAUUUUGAAGGUCUACGAAAAAAAGGCGGCUUAGAAGACGUUUCUGGAAGUUUUCAGGGCUCAUUGAAGUUCCAAAUGGCUCCAGUAACAGCCCGUAGCUUGGGCUAUUUUAACAACGUCGAAAACGAGAAUAUGGCGAGAAAAGAUCAGAAGAUAGACAAUAGGCUGUUCACACCCGUAUUCCAUGGACUGGACUCCUCACAGGACUACAAGCAAUUUGUUUUGACUUGUUUUGAGAUUUACAAAAACUUGGGCGAAGAUCGGUUUUUCUCGAUUCCUACAUUGGGACUCGUCAACCAGUCUGCGCAAGCUGAGCAGUCGCAAGCGGUCGAUUUGGCCAUGUACGCGUUGGUGGACGAACUAGAGACAUUCGCGCUAACACAGAAUUCCAUAAGAGGUGCAGAACUGGAGGAAAAUGUUGCCAUUCUCAAUUGCGCCAAAGCUAUCCAUUUCACCUCAUCAGAACAGGACUCUGAUUUCCAAGAUGGUGGAUUAGUCCGAAACAUUGGCCACUGGAUUAACAGAGCCGAUGGAGAGCCUUCGGAAAAUGUAAUCGAACAAGUUUUCGGCGAAAACAACAACACCAAAGUUUACGAAAGGACGUCAUUUUGGAAACUCGUUAGCCAGCUUCUUCUCAGGGGUCUUUUCGAUCAGGCGCUGGCGGUUCUGGAGCGAUCUCAAAUUUUUCCGGCUUUAAAGGAGCAAUGUGAGAUAACCCUCGACGUCUUGACUGAUGCCACCUCUCUGUUGAAGGAAUAUCCAUACAACGAUGGAACCGGUUUUAGAGAAUGGAAGGCCACUGCACUACAUCUAUCUCAAUUUUUUUCCGAGAGUGCUACUAAUGUGGAUCUUGAUUUGCGCGAUUCUAUCAGCGACAUGCUUCACUUGAUUAGCGGAUCGCAAGCAAAAAUUCUACAGUACGCCAAUACCUGGUAUGAAUCUUUCUGCGGGCUGAUAACAUUUUAUAUCCCCACACUACAAUUGUCAGAGGAAUAUCUGCAAUUUUCAUUAAAUGCGCACCCUGCUGAUGUUUGCAAUGCCUGGGAACAGGCUUGUGUAGACAUAAUAAGAGGCAAGAUCCACGCCGUACUGCCGAUUCUGGAAUCACUGGAUAACUGCGUAGCUGCAUUUUUCUCUGGUAUUUGCGAAGCAAAGGGACUAUUAGAGUCAAGCAACAACCUACACAAGCAUGCAAAGACAUAUGACUCCGGUGAUUACACUAGCAUUGAAGAUGAUCUAUUUUCUUCUAGAAACAGUAUGGCUAGUUUUUUGCUUCACGGCUUUGCCAUGGAGCUAUGUUCUUACGACGAUAAGCUGUUAUGGUCUGUAGCAAUUGGUAUCCUAGCGUUGUCGCCCAGCAGAAGUAACAGCGCCGUGAGGCUAGCAAUUGCAGAACUGCUACCUCACUUCCCAUUCGAAAAUAAUGAUGACGUCGAGUGGAUGUUGACUCUAUGCGCCAAGUGGAGGCUGCCGGAAGUUGCCAAGACCAUAUAUCGAAUCCUGGGUAACAAAUUCCUUUAUGAAAACAAUGUUAUAGAGGCAAUGAUGAAUUUUAGUAAAGCAGGUGAGUUUGAGUGGGUCAAACAUUACUCAUGGAUGAUCUUCGAAGCAUCUGCUAUUCAAGGCACACCACUCGAAGAUGAAGUAAUAGAGGCUAUUGUCAGUAGGCGCGCGGAAGUGGAAAUCCCUAAAGAGAUUUUGGAAAAUGUCCUUACAGAUUCUAUGAGGCAAACAUUGUCACCAUACGCGGUCUUGCGUCAUUUUUAUCAACAAGCUAAAGAACAAGACUUUGAGGGGGCACUACAAAGUCUUAUCGGCUUGUUAGAAUUUCAAUAUCUACCAAGUCAGUAUCUGGCAUUACUGGUGGCCCAAUUUUUAAAUCCUGUAUUUCUACAGGAUGACACGCAACACAUUUCAGAACCGGAUGUGAUUCGCAUAAUUCAGGCCUUGAACAGGUUGGAGGUAAAAGACGACAAAAGCGUUGCAUUAUACGACAUUUUGAAAAGCCGGAAAGAGGAACGUGGAUUUCCUGAGGAAUUGAGCAAUUUGAUCAAACAGGUCAGGAAGAAGUUAAAUUUCAAGAUUUGUCAAGAGUUCAUGAAGUAA